CUCGCGAGAAGUAGCACGUUGCGUGUCCUAGAGACCGGGCCCAAGGAGGUUUGAAGGGAGAUGUCCUGUCCACAAACCUGAGUUGAAAGAAAAAUUGGCCAUGGGCUUGUCUGCAUCCUCUCCAUCAAUAGCAGUCCAAGCAGAUGUAUCUGACCAGCCUCAGACUGCCUCUUCCCAAUGUCCGAUGCUCCAGGAGAAAAUGGAAGGUUGCCCAAAGCAUGUGAAAUCAACAGACAGUGUUGAUGAGAACCAGAAUGCUGCUUGUCCUGUGCAUCAAGAAAGAGCAUAUGAAUAUGUUGAAUGUCCUGUGAAGUCUCAAAUACAUGAGAAGAUUGAUCCUAGCAACAUGAUGCCACCUCCUAAUCAAAUACCAUCCCCUGGCCAGCCAUUUCCACUCUCUACUACGAGAGAAGAGUCUAAUAUUCCUAGAGCUUUUUCUCAACAAAACUGGAUUUAUCCUUCAGAGCAAAUGUUUUGGAAUGCAAUGCUUAGGAAAGGAUGGAAAUGGAAAGAUGAUGACAUAAAACCUCAAGAUAUGACUAAUAUCAUUAAGAUUCAUAAUCAGAAUAAUGAGCAGGCUUGGAAGGAAAUUUUAAAAUGGGAAGCACUUCAUGCAAAGGAGUGCCCGUGUGGACCAACCCUUGUUCGAUUUGGAGGUAAAGCUAAGGAGUAUUCACCAAGAGCCAGAAUACGAUCCUGGAUGGGGUAUGAAUUACCUUUUGAUAGGCACGAUUGGAUUAUUGAACGCUGUGGAAAAGAAGUCAGAUAUGUUAUUGAUUAUUAUGAUGGAGGAGAAGUAGAUAAGAACUAUCAGUUUACCAUUUUGGAUGUUCGCCCUGCUUUUGAUUCCCUGACUGCUGUGUGGGACAGGAUGAAGGUGGCUUGGUGGCGCUGGACUUCAUGACUGAAACGAUAUCAGAACUGUAUUGUUUGAAGUGGUAUUGAACUGACUUUGGACUUGAAUAAAAAUUUAUAGUGACUGCAGUUUUAUUUAAUAGCCUUGUGCUUGCCACUGAGGGACAGAAAACAUUGCUUUAAUCAAGGAUUUAUUUAAAUAAUGUGUGCAUUAUUUAAUGCACCCCCCCCCCUUGACCUUUUGGACACAUUUGAUCACAACUGGAAGACAUUGUGAAUCUCUCGUACAUUGAGUAGAGACAGCACUAACAUAGAGAUUUAAGUAUCUCUGUUGAGGAACGGGAAUAGCUGUAAUAAAGCAAUGGAGCAAUUGUGCCUUUCAGUCUAGUGUUUGUGGUUGAAAAAAUAGCCAAUUUGAAAAACAUUUCAAAACAGUCAAAGAAGAAAAAUACCUUUCUUGUCAUCCAAACUGUAAAUUAUAAAAUGUUUUGUGAGUGGCAUAUAAUAAAGACUCCAUAGAUUAUAUCACAUGCUGAAUGUACAUAUUCAUAGAGUAACCAUUUUUUACGUACAGGCACAUCAUUUUAAGAACAAUUAGAAAUCAACUGAUUUGCCAGUUUUCACAUCCUGCCUUUUUGAAGUGGAAUUGAAGUUGAAGUGGAGUUUGGCAAAUCAAGGUUUUGUUUUUUUUUUAAAUGAGGUUUUUGCUAAUGUCUGCUUUGAAAUACUUUGCUCUUUAAAUAGUAACUUUAAAUGUACAGCACUACAACAAAAGUUAAGUUUGGUAAAUUGGUCAAAGUAUCAGGUUUUUCACUUCAUAUUUACUUCACUUGAUUGCAUAUGGUUGAGUACUUGUGGCACUUUGAUAGAUACUGAGCAAAGGAGAGUAACUGUUGGAAGUUGGUUCCUGUUGGAAACAGAUGCUUAAAGAUUUUAUAACAGAAAUGUUACAGCUGUUUUCUGUGCUUGUGCUUCUAACUAUUGGUAAAGGGUUGGAAUAUGCCUUUAGGUUAAACUGUUGUAGCAGUAGAAAAGAGCAAGAGUCCUUUGUGGUAAGGUAUGAGCUUUUGUGAGUCACAGCUCAGUUCUUCAGAUUAAACUGUAGUAUGCCCUUACAAGAAGAGAGAUGUCCUGUCAGAUAUCAAUACCAAAGGUUCUUAUGCAAUAUAAAAAGUUGUAGUUGAAUUUUCCUAGGAAACUGAAGGAUUUUACAGUACUAAAAUAAUGUUUGAGAGAGUUUUGAAGAUUGUUUUUAUAAAUAGCUUUAACUUUCCAGUGGAGAUGAGCUUUGCCACUCUAAAUCCAAAUUUAUGAACAAAUCAGUCUAAGACCAGUAAAAAGGGCUUCCAGACUAACGCUCUUCCUUGGAGCUGUGCCUGGGUCCCAUCCCAACCCUUUGCAGGUUGAUAUUCUGGGUCAGCAAUCUGGGAUUCACUUCUUUUUGCAUCCUGUACAGUGUUGUACAGGAUGGUUGUACCCUUCUUAUGUCCUUGUUACCAUUACCGCUACCCUUCUAUCUGGCUUGAAAUGGAAGUGGAGAACUUGCAAAAACAGCAGAGAAGUGGGGAGUGUUAGGGGGUAGUGGAUGAGUACAACUCCUGGUGGGAUAGCCGCAACAGUCUGUUGCAGCAAAGCAGAAGAAGGGCUGUGCAGCACCUUUUAAAGAACCAUGUGGCAGUCAAAUGCAUGAAGUGACCGAGCAAGUGGUUUGUACGCAGGGUGUAUAAUCCAAAAAUGAAUAAUGUCUUGGAAAAAGGUUUAGUUUGUGGCAUUUCUGUACAAAAUUGCACAAAUUUAUUUAGUUUGCAAGGUGCCACAAGACUCUUGAAUAUUACAUAUAAGGCUAUUGUACAUGGUAAUAUAUGGUUACAUUUGUGAAGACAGUUUAGGGGAAACCAGCAGGUUUAUAUGUUACUGAGCAAAUCACUAACCUAUAAUCAUCAGGAUAUCAAAUGUGUUAGUACAUGGUGAUUCUGAUUGCGUAUCAUUACCACCUGAUUUUGCAGAUUUUAAAAUCUUGAUUAUUGAAUUGUAUGUUAAAUUUGCACAAAUUUAAGAAAAAAGUGAAAACGGAAAAGUAAUUCUGCUUCUUUUCAUGAUGGGUACGGCAUCUGAGGGAUGUCAUCAGAUCCAUAUUCACAUCUCUGCAAGGUACAUUUGCUGUACGUGGCUCCAGUCAUCUAGUAUAUAUUUUCAUUGUAUACAGAUGGAUUCAAUCAUAUAUUUUACGGUGUUUCCUGGUUUGAUUUCUAAUAAAGAUAAAUUUUAUUUUUA